AUGGGCGUCCGUGAAGAUAAGUGGAAAUGGGUUGGGAAGGUUUUGGGACCGACAGACUGGUUCUCCCUAGAAAAUAGCACAACUCCUAUUGCGGUACUACAAAAGGAAGCUGGUAUUAUGCCAUAUAGUAUUAGGCUAAAAUUUAUGGUGGCACGAAAAGCUAUUCGUUUACACCUAAAUAUUAGCAAAACUAAUCCUAUUAAUGGUCAUUUGUUAACAUUGAUUGAGAAAUCUCCAAUUGCAAAGCUAACCACGCUUUACAUGUUGGCGAAAGAUGAUAGAGACUAUAUGAUUAAAAUAGAUGAAAAACGAAAAUGCAAGAGGGUUGAACCUCUUACACUGAAACAACAACAAAAUCAGACGAUUGGAAUUUUGAAAAAACAAGCAAUGGAAGAAUGGCAAGAAAUGUAUUGGAACAGCAGUAAGGAUCUGUGGUAUCAUAAUAUCACAGUGGAGUCGAAAUGUACUGAUAAUCUUUCCAAAAUGGUUACGGGAGUGAUCAUGAAGAAAGAUAGUCGAAGGAUCUUGAGUAAUAUUACUCAAUUUCGCACAGGCCAUGGCAACUUUGGCGCAUGGUUUAAAAAGUUUGGAAUUGAAAAGGAUAGUUACAACUGCAAAUGUGGAGAGCUGGAAACAGUUCAUCACAUUUUAGUUGAGUGUCCUUUGCUUGAAGAGGAAAGAAAAGGACUGAAACGGAUAUCUCCAGAGAUGGACAUGUCGACUCUCUUAAACAGUUUAACUGGCUUACAAGAGAUUGUAAGCUUUAUCUCUGCUUGGAGGGAUUAA